UGAAGUGAGGGGAGCCGGUGAGCUCAACGUUUUGAGUUUAUAAAAAGAAAUAGAAAAUCGAAAUUUAUUUGAAUUAAUUAAAGUUAUAGAGUAAUAAAGAUAAGGUUGAAUAUAAUCUUUCGAGUUUGCGUAACAAUGAAUGCGUUCUGACAACGUCGACAACGACAAUCAAUUUUUUGCUCACGUAGGUGAUAUUGAAGUGGACCAAGUGGAUCUCAUAAGCUUUAUCAAACACCAUAAUAUUUUAUCUAUCGAAUUAAUAACACCACCUCUUCAAUCAAGUACUGAUUUGCAGGUUUUCAUUUCAUAAAUCUGUUAUCAAAGGCGGCGACAACACGUGCUUUUUAACCGUUACUAAUCCAAGUGUUACAUAAUAACCGGUAUUUGUGAAUCUGUUAUUUGUAUUUGAAUCAAAUUCAAACAUGAGUUCGGAACUAAGAAACGGAAUGUUGUUAUGUUUGGGUAACCCUUUGCUCGAUAUAUCGGCGUACGCUGACGAAGAAUUAUUGAAAAAAUACGAUCUGAAACCAAACAAUGCCAUAUUAGCUGAGGCUAAGCAUAGGGGUUUGAAUGAAGAUUUAACCGAAAAUUAUGAUGUCGAUUAUAUAGCCGGUGGAGCGUCUCAAAAUACCGCUCGAAUCGCUCAAAGUAUUUUGAGAAAACCGAACACCGUUGUGUACAUGGGCUGUGUAGGCAAAGAUUUCUACAGUGAAAUGAUUGAGAAGAAAGCCAGAGCUGAUGGAGUGGAUGUUCGUUACCAAUAUACCGAUAAGAGGCCUACAGGAACCUGCGCUGUAAUAAUAACAGACGAUGGAAAACACCGGUCACUGGUGGCAAAUCUCGCAGCUGCUGAAUUGUUUUCGAUUGAUCACAUCAGAAUACCGGAAAAUAGAGAAAUCAUUGAUAAAGCUGACUAUUUCUACUUGACCGGAUUUUUCUUGAUUGUGAGUCCGGAUUCUGCUUUGGAAAUCGCUAAAGUAGCUUUGGAGAAGAAUAAAGUGUUAGCGAUGAACUUGAGUGCACCGUAUAUUUGCGAGUCGUUCAAUAGAGAUUUAACUCCGUUGUUACCCUAUAUCGAUAUUUUAUUUGGAAAUGAAACGGAAGCGGCUGCUUUCUCCAAGCAGUAUAAUCUUGGUACUGAAAAUUUAGAAGAAAUAGCUUUGAAGAUAGCUGAUUUACCGAAAAAUAAUGCACAAAGGAAAAGGCUAGUGGUUAUUACUCAAGGAGAAAAGCCAGUCAUCGUGGCCAGAGAUUCUACCGUUAAGCAAUUCGAAGUAAUAAUGUUACCUAAUGAGAAAAUCGUUGACACCAAUGGAGCUGGAGAUGCCUUUGUCGGCGGAUUUCUGUCUCAGCUGAUACAAGAGCAAUCGUACGAAGUUUGCAUUCAAUGCGGAAACUGGGCAGCUUCCGAAGUAGUCCAACAAUCUGGAUGUAUUUUCAAAACAACGCAACAGUUUUGCCCUCGAACCUAAUUUUCCAUACCUACUUCAAAACAGGACUCAAAUAGUGAUUCCGAAGUACAUAGUAUCAUUUUCUAUUUAAACCUCAAGUUGAAAAAAUCAAAUUAUCAUAUCAUAUUAUUCUAAGUUUCAUUCCCUUUCACCCUUUGAUUUCUGUUACGCUGGCUUAUCCAUCCUGCGCACAGAAAAAUCCUCGCUUCUUUACCCUGCCAUUCUUGAAACGUGUUCUACACGUUAUAAAAAAAACUAAUUUAAUACGUCGAGUUCCUAUCAUUACCGCAGUAUUUUUAGAAAAGCACAUUGGAGUCAUGGCUCAUGUUAUCUUGGCAUUCAUUGAUCAAGUGGCUCUUCGGUAUAUCGUAAAUCUGUUGUACCGAAUUAGUUGUGCAUGUAAAUCGACGAAGUUUUUAUCUGUAUUUCUACCAUACUUGGAGUAGUUGUGGAACAGAGUAAAAAAAAUACGAAAAUUAAAAAGUGAUGAUUUUUUUUUUGGUUACCAAUGAGAAGAGGGAAGUAAACAAAUGGACUGAUUGUAGGUUAUCAGCUGUAUGUUUCACAUGUGCUCAUUACGCGGUACGCCGGCUUAAUCUCCCCUUCUUAUCUUUUUACACAUGUAGGUUUUAGAAUUUUGUACUUUGUAUCAUCUAUUUCCUGCAUUGUUAUUUCGGUUACGGUUGUUAAGAUGGAUAAUACUACUUAUAUUUUUAUUUGUUUCUCUAUAAGCAAUAAAAUAAAAGAGUCUGAUUGAAAUAUUA